UUCUAAACCAUUUGCAUCUAAGAACAGAAACAAAGACAUUUCCUCAUGACUUAAGCUGCGAGACUCAACCCAACAUCAUGACAAUGAGCUUUUUUGGAAAACUGAAGAACCUACACAGUGGGCCUCCAGCUCCACCCAGAAGGACAGAUGACAAUGCAGGAUGGCCACAGGAUGAGUUUGAUGACGAGGAAGGUGACAUGUAUGAAGUACCUCCCUGCGAGCGUCCAGCUAUGAAAGUCCCACAGACACAAGUGGAGGAGAACGUAUAUUUGGAGAGGAUGUCCAAUCCUGCUGUCCCACAGAGGCUGGCUCCUCCACCCAGAAUAGGAAAAGCCUUGAAACCUCAACAACACGCUGAGGACUAUGAUCGCAGCAUCAAGAAACCACCUGAUGUAGACAGAAAUGAUAAGCCUGGGAAAAAGAAGAUGCCUCCUCCACCGGUACCUGCACCCAACAUUGAGGAAGAUGUGUAUCUGGAUCCCAAUGAAGACCAGGAAGCUAACGAUGACCUGUAUUUAGAGCCGGCAGCUGCUUGCUCUCCUCCCCCGCGUGCUCCGAUGAGGAUGCCUCCUUCUCCGCAGACAGGACCUUUUCCCGUAACCAUGAUGAAACCUCCGGUACCAAGAGCUAUGUCUAGUUCACAAUUUGUGCCUUCCUUGAGUGAGCUGAAAACAGCUCCUUCAUUUGAAGCAAGACGGGCCACAUUUCCGACAAAACUCCCACCACCACUCACUGUUAAGCCCGCUAUGCCAGCAAACCUGAAGGAAGGUAAACCCAGUCCUCCAAAUCCUCCAGACACUAAGCCUGUGGCCUUCUCUGGUGGUAUGAGGGCACCCAAACAAUCUGGGAAUGAGGACAAAGAAUGGUUUGCUGGAGAUUGCAACAGGAAGACAGCGGAGGGCCUCUUGUUGAGGGUCAACAAGGACGGCGCCUUUCUCAUCCGAAACAGCUCAGCCCAGAGCGCCCGCCAGCCGUACACCCUCGCUGUGCUCUACCAGCAGAAGGUGUACAACAUUCCCAUCCGCUUCCUGGAGGAGACACAAGGUUAUGCCCUCGGAAAAGAGGGCAAGAAGAACGAAGAGAUUUUCAGCACCCUCGACGAGAUUAUUUCCCACCACAAAAAUAACCAGCUUUUUCUGAUAGACAGCAAAAGCCAGGCCAAGCACACGGCAUAUUUAACUCACCCUGCACGCUCUUAUAACUAACAGUAGCUUCUCUCACGUUGUAUUGAUGUGAGUUAUAUGAGGAUAAUUGUACAGUUUGAAAUUUUUCCACUUGGAUCUUCUGGUUGUCACAAAAGUGUAAUUACAACUGUAUGAAAUCAGUUAUACUGAAGAAGUACUAUUGAUGCUGUUUGUAAAUUGAAAUAGACAAUGUAAAGUUUUAAUGCAGUGCAAACUUAGAUGUCACAAGUUGCUCCAAGACACUCAACUGCCACAUGACACAAGAACAGCUUUAACCCAAAACUUAAAGCUCAGAGUUCUUAAAGGUCUUUGCUUUGACAAAGUGGUUUUCCUGUUUUGUGCCAUGUAAUCAUUUUAGCAACAAUUGCACAAGGUUAACUGUCUCUAGUGAAAAACAGUCACGGAGUCUGGUGUUUCUACCUUUGAAUGAAGAAAUGUGAUAUGGCUGUCAAAACACUUUAUUCCACAGACCUUUGAACAUACAAACUGUAUAUUUCUGUUGUUCUGUUAUAAGAUAUCAAACCACAUGGCAACAGCCUCCAAAUAUACAGCUAAAAUCUUCACCAUUACUUUGUGCCUCCUACUCCAUUAUCGUGGUCAUGUGUGAUGAACCAUCAAGAUAAGUCUCCAUGAAUAAGUCAGUUUCAUUUUAGUCACUGGUGCAGAUUUCAGUGUAUCUUUUACCUAGAUUAGUUUAGUCUGAUGACUUUGAUUUUGAUUAUACGGUUUGUUAAUUGAGUAUAUAGAUACUGUGCAAUUACAAUGUUUUUAAUUUUAUUUCUUUAACCACAGUUUCCCUAUAUUUACUGUUGUUGAACUGAAGCUUGAUGAAGUCCUUUGAAUAAACUCGAACCUCUACUGUGGUCAAACCUCUA